AACAGGAAUAACGGAGAGACAGUAACGGGACGAAUGGCGCACAUGGCCGGGAUUAUUUACGCUCUCACCUCGCUUUUCCUGGGGAUCUGUGCAGGUCUUUCCGCUCCGAGGAAUCAUCCGGCGAAUGAAGUCACGCUGCUGGAUUCCAGAUCGGUGCAGGGAGAUCUGGCAUGGGUCGCCAGCCCGACGGAAGGAGGGUGGGAAGAGGUGAGCAUCAUGGACGAGAAGAACAUCCCCAUCAGAACAUACCAGGUGUGUAACGUGAUGGAGCCCAAUCAGAACAACUGGCUCAGGACUCACUGGAUCCGGCGUGGCCCGGCACAGCGGAUCUACAUCGAGAUUAAAUUCACCCUGCGUGACUGUAACAGCCUGCCCGGCGUAAUCGGCACCUGCAAAGAGACGUUCAACCUCUACUACCUCGAGUCCGACUCCGAUAACGAGCGCUUCGCUCACGAGAGCCGCUUUGAGAAGAUCGACACGGUGGCGGCAGACGAGAGCUUCACGCAGGUGGAUAUUGGUGAUCGGAUCAUGAAGCUGAACACUGAGGUUCGGGACGUUGGUGUUCUGAGCCGCACGGGGUUUUAUCUGGCCUUCCAGGAUGUAGGAGCCUGCAUCGCUCUGGUUUCCGUUCAUGUGUUUUACAAGAAGUGUCCGUUAGCCGUGAGGAACCUAGCGCAGUUUCCUGACACAGUAACCGGGGCCGACACAUCGUCACUUGUAGAGGUGCGUGGCUCCUGUGUGAAUCACUCGGAGGAGCAGGAGGUUCCCAAAAUGUACUGCGGUGCAGAUGGAGAGUGGCUGGUGCCCAUUGGGAAUUGCCUGUGCAACCCUGGAUACGAAGAACGGAAUGAGCAAUGUCAGGUGUGCAAGGUGGGCUACUACAGGUCUCUUUCUUCGGAUGGCGGCUGUCGUAAAUGUCCACUGCACAGUUACUCCAUGAAAGAAGGAGCUACUUCCUGUGAUUGUGACAAAGGAUAUUACAGAUCGGAGACGGAUCCUGCCGCCAUGCCUUGCACACAUCCUCCAUCUGCUCCUCACAAUCUGAUUUCUAAUGUCAACGAGACGUCGGUGCUGUUGGAAUGGAGUCCGCCUAUAACCUCCGGAGGCCGUCAGGAUCUCACCUACAACGUGGUGUGUAAGCAGUGUGUGCGAGACACGCAGAGAUGCACGCCGUGUGGAGAUGACGUGCGAUACUCUCCGCAGCGGCUGAGUCUGCGCUCCACGCGGGUGUCCGUUCACCAGCUGCAGGCGCACACAAACUACACCUUCCAGAUCUGGGCCGUCAAUGGGGUGUCCAAACACAGCCCCAGUCUGGAGCAGGCCACGUCCAUCACGCUCACCACCAACCAGGCCGCUCCGUCCACGGUCAUGAUGGUUCAGAGUAAGGACAUCACGCGCCACACGCUCUCUCUGUUCUGGGACAAACCCGAGAAACCUAACGGUGUCAUACUGGAGUAUGAGGUCAAAUACUACGAGAAGGAUCAGAACGAGAGGAGUUAUCGCAUCGUAAAGACGACGUCUCGUAGUGCUGAUAUUAAAGACCUGACUCCGCUGACUUCCUACGUGUUUCACGUGCGCGCUCGCACCGCCGCGGGAUAUGGGGAGUUCAGCGCCCCCUUUGAGUUCAGCACCAACACUGUCGCAGCUCCUGUUGUUGGAGGAGUCAUUAGCUCUGCUGUGCUGCUGCUGUUGGUGGCCGGAUGUGUUGUUGUUCUCCUCCUCACCCUCAUCAUUACCUUCAUCAUCACCAAAAGGAGGAGCAAAUACAGCAAAACUAAACAGGCAGAGGAGAAAAACCUGCAGCCAGGGGUGAGAAUAUAUGUGGACCCUUACACCUACGAAGACCCCAACCAGGCCAUCAGGGAGUUCGCUAAGGAGAUCAAUACCUCCUGUAUCAAGAUCGAGAAGGUGAUCGGCAUCGGUGAGUUUGGAGAGGUGUGCAGCGGCCGUCUGAAGCUUCCUGGAAAGCGAGAGAUCUGUGUGGCCAUCAAAACGCUGAAGGCGGGGUUUACCGAGCAGCAGAGGCUGGACUUCCUGAGCGAGGCCAGCGUGAUUGGCCAGUUUGACCAUCCUAAUAUCAUUCACCUGGAAGGCGUGGUCACCAAAUGCAAACCAGUAAUGAUUAUCACCGAAUAUAUGGAGAACGGCUCACUGGACAUGUUUCUCAGAAAGAAUGACGGCCGCUUCACCGUUAUUCAGCUGGUGGGCAUCCUGAGAGGGAUCGCGUCCGGAAUGAAGUAUCUAUCCGACAUGAGUUACGUUCACAGGGAUCUGGCAGCACGGAACAUCCUAGUGAACAGCAACCUAGUGUGCAAAGUCUCCGAUUUUGGGAUGUCCAGAGUGCUUGAAGACGAGCCAGAAGGAGCGUAUACUACCAGGGGAGGGAAGAUCCCAAUCCGCUGGACGGCUCCAGAAGCCAUCACAUACAGGAAGUUCACCUCAGCCAGUGACGUGUGGAGUUACGGCAUCGCCAUGUGGGAAGUGAUGUCAUAUGGUGAACGACCAUACUGGGACAUGAGCAACCAGGAUGUGAUAAAGGCAAUAGAGGAAGGCUACCGGUUGCCGCCGCCCAUGGAGUGUCCGCUGGCUCUGCAUCAGCUCAUGCUGGAGUCCUGGAUGAGGGAACGAGCGGACAGACCCAAAUUCAGCCAGAUUGUCAACAUGCUGGACAAACUCAUACGCAAUCCUGCCACGCUCAAGAGGACGGCAGGAGAUGCCAGCAGGCCCCACCCCUCCACACUUCACCACGCCCCCUCUUUGGGUUCUGUGGAUGAAUGGCUGAAAACCAUUGGACUUGAGCAAUACAGAGAAAACUUCAGCACAGCAGGAUUCUGCAGUUUAGAGAGCGUCUUACCCAUGAGUCACGAGGAUCUGGGCAAAAUGGGAAUCUCAUGCAGUGCACAUCAGAGGAAGAUCCUGAGCAGCGUGCAGGAAUUGUUGUCUGGAAUGCAUCACAGACAAGACACAAAGGUUCCUGUCUGAUCUGUGAUGAGGGGAAAAAAACAAUGCAUCAUGUUGGUUAACAUGGAUUACAAGAGGGACGGAAUAUUUCACAUCACUCUUGCACUUUAAUGAAAACGAACGGUGUGAAGAUCAGAGUGAAUGAGCUAAACUGCACUUUUUCUGGGCCUCUUUGUGCUUCUAUGAGGAAUUUUCUUCAAGUCUAAAGAUUUUAAACUUGCAUUAUCCCAAGAAUUAAAAUGACUUAAUGCAUCUCUCCAGAUGAGAUGUUUCUGGCCCUGUCGUUCAAGGCGGCAAGGCAGAAAGUUGGGCAAGUGUCCUCCUUCUGUAAGUGGAAAGAACCGUUUCAACUAAGUGCAAACAGAC